CAUCGGAACAUCGUGCCACUCAGGUGCACCAAUUGCAGUCAGACAACGUGGACGACCCAAACUGCUAGAUCAGCAGUUUGUACAUUAUAAAUAACCCGCGAACGCGUGGCGCGUUCUCUUUCCUUUGGCAGCUUUGGACAAUCACCGGUGGUGCUGUAUUGUGUUAGUAUUAUUAAUAAAAGUGUUUUAGAGUUACUAAGUCUUUUUUAAAAAGUGAAUCCGUAUCACGAAUCCCAUAAGUGGUGUCAGAAGUGGGAUCGUGAGGUGUUUAAAAAGUGGUAAAAAUCCCGUCGCACGCGAACCUGCAACAACGUGAUCAUCAAACCCCUCGGAUGUGGAUAUCAUUUACAUUAUGGCUCGGUAUACUGACGCAGACGACUCUAACGGAUUUAAGACUACACGAUGUAAAACAAAAUCCAAUCAUAAUGAUUCCCUUAGGAGAAGCUAGGAUCAGUAACAGCUUUUUCAGAAUAAUGCAUCCGAUAAACCUUACCACCAUUGAAUCGACAAUAGAUGUGUACAAUAAUGUAGCCCAAACCGGAAAGCUUAAUCAGACCUUUUUCGAGUUAUCUAUCAGGAGAAAAAUAGGCAGAAUUAAUCUGUUGUUCAAUAGAAUUAGGCCACAGCGAAUCAAACGAUGGGAAUCAUUAGGUAGAGCGUGGAAAUACAUUUCUGGAAGUCCAGACGCCGACGAUCUUAAAGUCAUAAACUCUUCUCUAAACUCCUUGGUAGAUGAAAAUAAUAAACAAAUUCAGAUAAAUCACUUGUUUGAGAAACGUAUGAGAAACUUGACAAAAACUUUCAAUUCACUGUUAGAUAACGAGCAGUAUUUGGAAAAAGUAACAUUCGAUAGUUUAGACUCUUUGAAUUUCAUAUUUGAGAUUGAUGAAUUAUUAUACAAUUUAGAGAUAAUUGAAGAAUCUAUAACACUAGCCGGACGAAGCAUCCCAAGCAGCCGCAUCAUCCAUCCUGAAGAACUUUCGGUUAUUCGCCAUACCCUCAACGAUAACGGUUUUCGAUUGAACUCGGUCGACGAUAUGUUGAACAUUGCUAGCGCGUACGCAGUAUAUAACAACGAGAUGUUCAUGUAUAUACUCAAAAUACCAAAAAUCAAGGAUGUGCAAUACAAAAUUGGUUUGAUUGAACCCGUAAUUGCCAAUAAUUUACGAAUUCAUCUCACGGCACAAUUUUAUAUUGAAGGACAAAACGUAUUUAUGUCAAAAACCCGUGUCCAAAGAUGA